UUACCACCUAUCCCUCGUCCUAAUGAAGCAACAGAAGACAAGCGUCGUCGACUGAUUUAUCAAAGUAGAAAACGAGGCAUCUUGGAAACUGACUUGCUAUUGUCAACAUUUGCCAAGAUUUGGUUACCCAAGUUUAAUGAGCAACAAUUAAAAGAAUAUGACCAAUUGUUGGAUGAACCCGACUGGGAUAUCUUUUACUGGGCCACUGAGAAGAAACCUGUUCCAGAAAAGUGGCAAAAGAGUGAGAUACUAAAGUUGAUUAAAGAGCAUGCAAAGAAUGAAGAUAAGAAAGUGCUUCGUAUGCCAGACUUG